ACUGUGCCGUGUGAGAUUACGGAUUCCGAGGGUAGCCUAAUUUGCGUAUGCUGUUGUCCUGAGUGAGUCCAAGUGAACUUCAACCACCACACAUACAAGUUGUAUAUGGACUCUAGUUUUGCUGCAUUGUGAAGCAUUCAAGCCGUCAAGCUCGCAUCCUGGCUCUACUGACGAAGGGCAUAUCUCAACAAUGACCGUCACCGAGAUUGCCAUCCUCCGCGUUCACACCGGGGUCACCGACUCUACCCUACGAGACAACCUCAGCGGGGCCAUCACUGUCCAAGACGCAUGGCACGCCCGCGCCUUUCCCGACCGCCCCUCUUCCGCCUCGGCACGGGCCGUGGCUAGUUUCCGGGGGAUCGACGAUGAGACGCAGAUACUCCUCACUACGAGCUGGGGCUCCGUAGAGGAACAUUGGGCAUGGAUCCUCAGCGACGAUAACAAGCAGCAGAUGGAGGGUACAAACCUGACCAAUAUCAUCGCAAACGAAGGGCCGCCCAACCAGCCUGGUGGACUCGUCCUUUUCCACUUGGAUACGGACAUCUUUGGUAGUAGCCAUGCCGCCACCAGCAAAGACACGAUUGCGCUCCUCCAUAGCCCGGUCAUCAGUGUUGAACAAUUCUCUGUCGAUACCGAAAAGAAGGAGAGCUUUGCCGCCACGCUCGAGAAGGUGAGGGCCAGCAUGGAAAAGGUCGUACAUCCUCACUUGGUCAGAAGCGGGCGCAGUGUCGAUCGCGAGGCGGAGGGUGAGGAGUUCGUGUUGGUUUCCGGGUGGUCCUGUGUCGAAAGUCAUACGCAACAGUUUGCUGCGUCGUCCGAGUCUUUCCUGUACAGUCAGAUUGCUGGUAUCGCUUCGUCGGUGGAAACACGGCACUACAGACGGUUCCUGUAGUGCCCUCUCUGUCACUCAGACACUUGGUUGGGAAAAUGCGCGGUCUCGGGUCCGAGAACUGGUCGCUCAUGAAUGUGUAUUCAGACCCUCUGCAAGGGGUUGGUUUGCGGUCGCUGAGACCUUGACAACUAAAUAGUCAUCGCGUUUCUCCGAAGACCUGCACCUGCUCUCGCAAGUGCUCCUGUUCCCAAUCCCAUGAA